UCGGUCUCGUAAGAUAUUAUUAUACAGAGACAGACGCGUUGGGGGAGUUGAUUAUUUAUUAGAAACAAAAGAAGGAGAUCUUUGGUCAGCUGAGAGAGAAGAUAGAUAGAAGGUUCCCUUUUCAUUUCCUUUUGGUCUCUCUCUCUCAUUAAGAAAGAAGUCGCCAAAGGCAAUUUCUAUCCGCAAUAAAAAGAAAAAGGAAAAAAACCAAAUAAAAUUCAGAAAACAACAAUCACAAAUCAUUCCCUCUUCUUCUUCGUCUUCUUCAUCUCCCCUUUUGUUUUUUCUUCCAAAGGAAUUAAAGAAAGAAAGAAAGAAAGAGAGAUAUGGAUGAUUAUAAUUAUUCUCUGUCUCCUCUGUCCCUCCUUCGUCGGAUUAAAGAUUCCUUCCAUUCGGCCAUCUCUGGCCUCCUCGCCAGCCUCUUCUCCGCUCUCUUCACCUUCUUCUUCGCUUUAGUGGGGACUUUGCUAGGAGCAUUGACAGGGGCUUUGAUCGGCCAAGAAACAGAGAGCGGUUUCAUCAGAGGAGCCGCCGUUGGUGCCAUCUCUGGCGCUGUCUUCUCCAUCGAGGUCUUUGAAUCUUCCCUCCUCCUCUGGCAAUCCGAUGAGUCUGGGAUUGGCUGCCUUCUCUAUUUGAUUGAUGUCCUUGUUAGCCUUUUGAGCGGGCGGCUUGUUCGUGAGCGUAUCGGUCCUGCCAUGCUCAGUGCCGUCCAGAGUCAGAUGGGAGCUGUCGAGUCUCACUUCCAAGAGCACACAGACAUCUUUGACACUGCCAUUUCAAAGGGUCUCACAGGUGACUCUCUCUCCAGGAUUCCAAAGGUCCGAAUCACAGACACCUCUGACGACCGGGUCCCUUGCUCUGUCUGCCUUCAGGACUUUCAGGUGGGAGAGACGGUUAGAAGUUUGCCGCAGUGCCAUCAUAUGUUCCACCUACCAUGCAUCGACAAAUGGCUUCGCAGGCAUGCUUCUUGUCCCUUGUGCAGAAGACACCUUUCUAUUGAAUGAACCUCUCUUUUCUUUUCUUUUCUUUUGUCUUCUCUUCUUUGUACAUGAGGUAUAGGAUCCCCCAUACGCAUUACAUACACACAUUAGUCUAGUGUUCAUUGAUUAUUGUAGAUUCUGAUGCACCAAUCAUUGUAACUUCCUUCACUCAUCUCUUGGAGAUCCUGUUUAUUUAUCUUAUUCAUUCUUUGCUUUGGCUUUAUCA